CUUAGUUACAGGCUUGUAGCAGAUCCACCAAUAAAUAGAGGGGUAAAAUACGCUGUAAUAAGACUGACCACAAGCUUUAAGUUCGCAACCUACUUUUCAUAAUUUCAUUUCUGUUGGCGUACUCACAUGAAAUGUCGUCGUAUCUUUAACCAUCACAAAUUCUACCUUCCCUUUACAAUUCUUAUGAAGUAUUAUUUUCUUCAUCAUUAAAAUUUAAACAAACAUCAGAAUCAGAUCAGAUAGAACUCAAAAAUGUCAGUUUUGAAUCCCCAAAACCCAACAUCAUCAGAUCUUCAUGUGGCUGUAUUUGGGUUUCCAUUUGGAACUCAUGCCACACCCCUUUUCAACAUUACUAAGAAGCUAUCCUCACUUGCACCCAAUAUCAUUUUCUCAUUUUUCAGUACUAAUCAGUCUAACAAUAAAACCUUUUCAAGGUCUAAAAAUGGUGAACAUCAUCAAAACUUGUUUCCAAACAUUAAGGCCUAUGAUAUUUGGGAUGGAUUGCCUCAAGGGUAUGUUUUUAAGGGAAAUCCUUUGGAAAUGAUUGAGUAUUUUAUGGUUUCAGCCCCCGAUUCGUUGCGAAAGGCGGUUGCCGUGGCUGAGGAUGAGAUAGGGAUGAAGGUGAAUUGCAUGAUUGGGGAUGCUUUCUUGUGGUUUGUUGUGGAGAUGGCUCAAGAGAAAGGUGUCAAUUGGGUUCCUGUUUUCAUGUCUGAAGAACAUUCACUUUCAUGUCAUGUUUAUACUGAUCUUAUUAGGGAAAAAGUUGGAAUUCAAGAUAUAGCUGAAAGAAAGAAAGAUGAAGUGUUAGAUUUCAUUCCAGGAAUGUCAAAGAUCAGAGUAGGAGAUUUACCACAAGGUGUAGUUGUUGGAGAUUUGGAAUCCAUUUUCUCAAAGAUUGUUCACCAAAUGGGUCGAGUAUUGCCUCGCGCGACAGCAGUCUGUGUUAGUUCAUGUGACGAAUUCAAGUCAGAGACACUAAAAGAUCUAAAGUCCAAGCUACCAAACUUGCUUUCUGUUGGACCACCAAGUCUGAUAAUGCCACCCUCAAAUACUACUACUAGUGAUCAAAACAUCUGCCUAGCUUGGCUUGAUAAACAGCUACACACAGAUUCAGUUGUUGCUUAUGUUAGCUUUGGCUCAGUUGUGACCCCUAAUCCUUCUGAAAUUACAGCUUUAGCUCAUGGUUUGGAAGCAAGUGGAGUCAGCUUUUUAUGGUCUCUUAAGGACAAUCUUAAGGACCAUCUACCACAAGGAUUUAUUGAGAACAACAAGCAAAAAGGCAAAGGGAUGAUAGUAGCGUGGGCGCCACAAACACAAGUAUUGGCCCAUAAUGCAGUUGGUGUGUUUAUAACACAUUUUGGGUGCAACUCCAUAAUGGAAAGUAUAGCUGCUGGUGUUCCCAUGAUCGGAAGGCCAUUUAUCGGCGAGCAAAAGUUAAACGGACGACUGGUUGAGGCUAUGUGGGAGAUAGGUUUGGAAGUUGAAGGCGGAGUUUUCACCAAGGAUGGUAUAAUUAAGGGCUUGGAUCAAAUUCUAAAGGGUCAUCAAGGUCUGAAAAUGAAACAAAACAUUGCAGGUUUUAAAACACUUUUAGAAAAGGCCAUCAGUCCACAAGGAAGCUGCAAUGAUAAUUUUAACAAGUUGUUGAAUAUAGUGACCAAGUAAGAUAGAUUGCUAGGGUAUGAACCUAAUCAAAUGGAGUUUUUUUCUUUUUUCUUUUUUUUUUUUUU